GAAAGUUUGACCAACUUUCUUAAUUACAGGUGUGUGUCAGUCAAUAACGAACCUGUUUAUUAAGACAGGCAUACACAUUUAAAAAGGUGAGCAAAUAUAUCUCUUAUCACCGUGUUACAAAUUUUAUUAGAGGAAAAGAAAGAAGGACGCUCCAAAAUAAUUAUUGUUUCCCAUCUCAGAAAGUAAUUACCUGUGUACAAGUUUUUAUCUCACCUGUCCUAAAUAAUCGUUCAAAGCAAUCACAACGACUUAACUAUUCAAAAUGGCGCUUUUCAUUAAUCGUUUCUUCUGUUGGAGUUUAGAGACUGCCACAUUCGCUGGUUACGUCUAUGCUUCGAUAACUAUAUUUUUCGCCCUGAUUUUGCGUCUUCUAGAUCUCGGAGCUAUUGGUACCGACUUCGAAAUCAGCAAAGGUUUUCAUACCAACUGGAGGUCACAUUCCUGGGAAAGUUUCCUAUCCUGUGAUGUCAUAAUGGUGAUAUGUCACAUUGUCGUGAUGUUUCUAAGUUUGUUUAUGAUCUUCCUCACCUCACGUCGACAUUUUCUCAUCACUCUCAACUGGACAAAAGCGUUCGUUAUCCUCUUUGGUUGUUAUACUUUCAUCGAAUUUGGCAUUUCCAUUUUUGAGUUCUCUUACUAUCGCAUGUACACCUUCCGACUGGCCUACGUUGUAUUUAUUUGGUUGUACUGGGUAGUCAGGACUAUAGCAAACGUCACUAUGACCGUAGUUAUUUCUUCAAGACACACUCAGAUGAUCAACCAAGUCGAACAGGAAUUACGCUUCUCUGGAGGAUUUAAAAAAGAUUAUUUCUAAGUUAUGACGAUUAUAUAUAUAUAUAUAUAUA